AUGUCCUUCUCAUCAACGUACAAAAUCUUACUACUAGCACAACUCCCAUUUCUGGUCGACUGUCACCUCAAGCUCAACAACCCAGUCCCAUACUCCAAGAGCACACUCCAACUCGAUCCUCUCAGAAACGUUGCACCAGGAUCAGAACAAUCAGACUUUCCUUGUCAAUCCAAACGAAUUGGUGAUGCUGACCCAUGGAUCGUUGACCACGAGAAUGAGUUGGUCGCUGGAGAACCUCAAACUAUGACGUGGGACGGAUCGGCAUCUCAUGGCGGAGGCUCCUGUCAGAUCAGUGUAACUCUGGACAGACAACCUAACGCCGACAGCACAUUCAAAACAAUCGCCAGCUUCAUUGGAGGUUGUCCGAUCGACGAUGCUAAUGGAGGCACACACCCUUUCAACUACACAAUUCCGUCAGAAGUUCCCAAUGGCAAAGCUACUCUAGCUUGGAGCUGGGUCUCUAAGCUGAGCGGUCAGCCAGAGUUCUACAUGAACUGUGCGCCAAUCACUGUCUCUGGUGGCUCCGAAGAUACCAAGGAGUUCGACCGACUCGAAGACAUGUUCAGAGUCAAUCUUCCAAGUUCAGAAUGCGGCAGUCAGCUCAGCAGCAAUCUUGAAAUCCCCAAUCCUGGCAGAUAUGUCACAACAAUCGACACGCGAGCACUUGCUCCACCAACUGGAAGUGGUUGUGCAGCUUUGAGUCAAGCAACAGCCACUGAAAGCAACACCGCUGCAGCAUCGAGCACAGAGAGCGCGACAACUACUACUGCCCUCACAUCCGCCGCACCCGUGCCCUCGGCAGCAAACACCACUACCACUGACGCCUCUGCUGCUGUAACUUCUGCUUCAGCUACAUACAUUCCAUCUUCCGCUCCAAGCACGCCCAGCAUAAUUCCCGGCCCUUACAACAACGGCACGUCGUGCACCACAAACGGCGCCCUGGUCUGCAACGGACCCACUCAGUUCGGCCUCUGCAACUUCGGCCAAGUAGUCUGGCAGCCAGUAGCACCGGGCACAGCCUGUCAAGACGGCCAAAUCGUGGCAGACAGCAACGACACCGACACUCCCACCUGCAGUCCUGAUGGCUCACUGGUCUGCAAUAGCUCCAACACAUUCGGCAUCUGCAACUUUGGACAUGUGGUGUUUCAGCCCGUUGCGCAUGGUACCACAUGCAGUGACGGACAAAUCAUGAGAAAGAGACAUUUGGGUAUACACAGACGUAGAACAAUGGAUCAUGGUCAUCACGGGAGAUUGUGA